UUGAACAAGGCUCCAAUUAGCUAGCUCCAUCCAUUAUGCGAUUUUAUAUUAUAUUUGAGCAAAUAACUGGUAGUUGUUUUUUUUUUUUUGCGGAGGGAUAUAUGCCGUCAGUCAAGACGGAAAGACGCGCUGCUUGUGUCGAUGGACCCAGUGUGCUGAUGUUUGGAAGUAGUAACGUUAGUUUGAGUUAGUAACGGCAGGAGCGACCGGGACAGUAAUCUUAAUGCUGGAUUAAGCUGGUUUUUAAAAGCCAGGGUUUGACAUCGAUGGAAUAUAUUUUAUAGUUUUGAUAUAACGUUACACAAUCUCAGGUAAGUUGUUUUGAAAUGCCUUUGUUUGGGAAGAUAGUGGUGAUCAAGAGAAAUGGAGGAGAUGGCACUGAAUUCCCCCUCACAGCAUCUUGUCUGUUCGGAAGGAAGCUAGACUGUGAUAUUCGGAUUCAGCUGCCACAGGUGUCUAAAGAGCAUUGUAAAAUUGAGCUGAAUGAGAACAAGGAGCUAAUUUUGACCAAUUUGAGCUCCGUGAACCCCACACGUAUUAACGGACAAGUUCUUAAUCAAUCAGAACGUUUAAAGCAUGGUGAUGUCAUCACAGUCAUUGAUCGUUCUUUCAGGUUUGAGUACCCACCUCCUAAAACACCGAAGAAGAAGACGCUGUCCACACCUGGAAACGACAAAGCACUCCAGGCUUUGCAAGAGCAGCAGGAAAAGGGCACACCUGUUCCUGUGGACAAGAGCAAGUCAGAGCAUUCGUUUGACACUUGUUUAAAAGAUGGGUCAAAUUUGCCACCAUCUGUGGAACAAACUGUUGAGAAUGAACCAGAAGGCGGCAAACUUAAAACAGACAGUAUGUCACCUUUUUGUGAGCUGUACCAAAUGGUCAAACAGGACCUUGCUGCAAAAUCACCAUGGAAGUCGGAGCUACCAAAAACACCUCUUGCAAGACCUCAGGUUGGUCACGAGAAAGUUCUUGCUGCAGAUGUUAAAAGUAGUCAGAUACAGGUCCCAACCCCAUCUACCAAGAAGCAAAGAUCCUCAAAAUCCAAUUCUGAAGAUACGACUGUACCAGCUCAGAGCUCAUUGAAUGCAAAUGUGGAGGAAAAACCCAAUGACGAUAUGCCAUCUGUAGGGUCCAGUACCCCCUCAUUGAUGGAGAAAGGUAUAACUCCUUUCUCCCAGAAGAAGAGAACACCCUUGAAAACACCUCAGAAGUUCAGUGCUGGUGAGGUAGUCCAGCAGAUUCUCUUAGAGCCACAGCCUGAAGAGAAAACUCCUAAAUCGCCAAAAGGAAGGAGAAGUAGUGGAUCACAGAAUCAGAGCCUUGCUCAUCAAAUGCCUACAGUCCAGCCUCAGACUCCAGGCUCGGAGGAUAAGAACACUGAAGUGAAAAUGUCACCAAGAACAUCUCCAAGAGCAAAUGCUGGCAAAAGGUUUCAAGUCCAAGAUGCUCUGCCUAAAAUUACGGCUACCACAUCAGCUUCUAAGAAGCAAGAUGAGCUAUGUGACGGUAAUGAAUCUCACAAUGAAGUAACCAUUCCAAAAGCAAAGAAAAAGCGAGUGUCCUUUGGUGGUCUGUUAAGCCCCGAGCUUUUUGACAAACGCCUGCCUCCAAAUUCUCCCCUUUGCCGUGGGGCAACCCCACGACACAGUUUGGGUCUUUCCCAAAAACCCCAAUCUCUUCUACGACGAGCAUCUGCCAUUGGUCUUUUGGCUCUUCGACUUGAAGAAACCUUUCCAGAGGCGCAAAAACGUUCUCCAAAGAGAGCUUUACCCAAACGGACAGCAUCUCCAGCAAAGACUCCAUCACCUGGUAAAAGGUCACCGAGUAUCAAGGCUAAAACUCCAUCACCUAAACCUCAAAAGUCACCAUCUGCUUCAACCAAGGCACCAACAUCAUCCUCUACUCCUGCUACACCCAGGACACCUGCAUCUGCUAAGAGAGCUUCAACUUCAGCGAUUGAGGCUGUGGGUGACAUGUCUUUAACUAAGACACCUAGGGUGCAGGGGCGGUUUUCAAUCUCUCGUAUCAGUACUCCAUCACCUGUCCAGGACCAGGGGGAUGAGCCUGAAACACAGUCAACCAUUGUAGAAGACGUGCCCCAGAAAUGUGUAACACCAAAGGUACCUUUAAGGAGAAAGAGCAUGAAGUCUUCUGCAAGUAAAACACCCAUAAGUGCAAUUAAAAGUGCACUUGAUGUCAUGCGUUCAAGACGCAGUGGAGCAUCACGGGCUAAUCUAAAAGUGUUGACCUCUUGGGCUGAUAUUGUGAAGUUUGGUCAGACCAAACCUCAAACGGAAGUUACAACUAAGAAAAAAACUACGAAGAGCAGUAUAGUGAAGAAAACUGCAGUGCCAAAACCCAAGACACCUGCACGGAGGCUGAAAGAUGUUGUCAGCACUGGGCAUGCAGCAUCUCCAGUUACCAUUGUUGUUGGCAAAGCCCAUAUGAGGACUAACCAGUCUGUUGGUGCUGCUCCUAAAAUAGUGCCAAACAUAGCACUAUUCAAGAAGGACAUGAAAAUGGAUGAGGACUUGACAGGUGUUGCAGAGAUUUUCAAAACACCAGCCAACACCAGGUCUAAGAAUAGAGUUCCUGUGCAUAAUGAAUGUCCAGAGAUUCCUCUGGAUGAGAUUUCAGUGAUGAAAACACCAGAAGAAUCAGGUGAAAUGAUGGUGUCACCAUUAAGUGUGGUCUCCACUGCCAAACGUGGUUGCUACAAUGAAGCAGUGACACAACGACUUCUGGACAACCAGGAUGGUAGUUUGUUGGAAGACGAAGGUCUUUCUCAGCUCCCUGACAACUCAAAUGAGGCAAGUUGCCAUGACAUCAUUCCAGAUGUAGAGACACCUUCUGAUGUACAAACGGAGGAAGAGGAGGCUGCACCUGAAGCAGUAGUCAAAACCCCAAAACAGAAAGCAGCACCAUCCUUGUGCCUCACUGGAGUCAAGCGACUCAUGAAGACACCCAAACAGAAGGCCGAACCAAUUGAGGACUUAAGAGGAAAGCUGCUCAAGACCCCCAAGGAAUGUAAACCUUCCCAGGAUGAAAGUCUAGAAGGUGUUAAGGAACUCCUAAAGACUCCCAAAUACAGGGGAGCUCCAGUAGAAGACAUGGUUGGAGUGAAAAGAGUGAUGCAGACCCCAAAAUUGAAGAGCAAUCCUGUACUCUGCGCAGCUGGUCUUCAGAGGCUUAUGAGAACACCCAAAGAAAAGGCUGAGCAACAUGAAGACCUGACUGGUGUGAAAGAACUGAUGAAGACCCCUAAACACAAAGGAGAACCAGUUGAAGAUCAAAUGGGUGAACAAAGGCUGAUGCAGACUCUCAAAGAGAAAGUUGAACCUGUAGAAGACUUCUCUGGAUUGAAGCAGGUAAUGCAGACUCCCAAGCAAAAAGGAGAUCCUGUCAGCACUCAGUUUGGAAUCAGUGACCUGAGAAAGACCCCUCGACUUAAAGAAGCAAUGGCACAGGAUUCAACUGGGCUUAAAGAACUUGAACCAGAGAAUAGCUCUUCCCUGACAACAGAAAGCAGAUUGACUGAGCCUACUGAGAUUCAAGAACCAGUGGAAAGUGGCUCUGGAUUCAUGCCAGUUGAAGGUUUGGAUGAGGAAUGUGACAAAGAAAAUGUCUGUCCAUUUAAAACCAUGGAGACUGAAGUUGUAAAAUCUGUGGAUCUUCAGAACACAGCUAAAGCUGUUGAAUCUAAUCAGAGUGAUCAAGAGGUUGAGACUGUAAUUCCCCAGGAAAGACACCCUGACCAGAAUGAAGAGUCAGUUUCAGUUGAAGCUAUUGAUGUCUUUUCUACUGGGGCAGAUGAGAAAACCCAGGAGCAGUCUGAAGAAACUGUAUGCGCAUCUGACAAUACCAACGCAACAGUUGAAGCUACCGCAACUUCAUCCACUGCUGAGCAAGAGGGGCUAAUCAAGUCUCCACCUGCCAACAAAAUUCAGUGUGGCAGUCGAGGAAGAGCAGCACAGAAAUCCAAAAAUGAAAUGGCCAAAGCACCUGCUGUGUUGUCAUUAAUUGAAGAGGAAAAUAUGAGUAGUCCAAUUCCUGCUAGCCCUACCAGGGGAAGGAGAGGCAAGAAACUUCUUGAAGUUCCAGAAAUAGCUGCCAGCCCAGUCAGAAAAUCAGCCCGUGGUAGAGUUCCCAAGCACAGCUUUGUGGAAGAAGAGGCAAAGAAUACGGAGGCUUCCCAAGUACUUGUAGAGUCCAUAAAUACUGAGAUACCUGACAGCCUUCCUGUCGUUACCAAAACCAGGAAAGGAAGGAAAACUAAACAAGAUUAUGCUGAUGCUGUAGUUGUGCCCACUGUUGAUGCAAAUGCUGUUGACCCACAGUGUCCUGAUGCCAAUGAAGAGCAGGUCCAAGCCCCUGUUGUGAAACCUGGGAGAAGAAAGAAGAUGGAAAAAAUAGAAAGCCAAACUUCAGAAGAACUUGAACAGAAAACAACUGAAAUUGUUUGUGAGGAAAAUGCUGUUGCACCAGAGGAUGUCAAGUUGCAGACUUCACUAGGUACUGAAACUGUCUCUGCAACUAGAGCUAGGAGGGCUAGGCCAGCAAAGAAGGAACACUUGAAAACCGAGCCAACCCCUGCUUUGGAAAGCGAAAUUACAAGCACUCAUGUUGUUGUAGUGGCUGAGAAGCCACUGACAUCUGUAGCAAAGUCAGGGCGUGGAAGGAAAGGUAUAAAAGAAACUGUCAAGGACCAACCCUUGGAUGAUGUUGAUGUCACUGUUGUUUCCAAAGCUGUGUCAGAGGCAGAUGUUGCCCACAGAGAGGAUCCUCAAACACUUGUGGUCAAGUCUGGCAGAGGAAGAAAGGCUAAACAGCAGAAACCACAAAUGGCUGAAGAGGUUGUUGACCAGCCUGCUAUAGAUACCUGCACACGUUUACCUGUGACUGAAGAACACACUGAAACAGCGGUAAAAUCUGUGAGGGGGAAUAGGAAGGCAAAGCAGUCAAAGGUGACGGUUUCAGUUGAGGAGAACAUUGUCAGCCCAGUUGAACAAGCAGAGACCCAUGUUGUGAAAUCUGGUCGAAAAAGGGCCGUUAUUGCAAAGGAACCUGAAAUGGUUGCAGAUGUUUCUGUCAAAAGAGGUAGCCGUGCUGUUGCAGACCCUGCACCACCAGUUGCUGUGAUAUCUAGCCGUGCACGUAAAGCAGUUGCCAAGGCAGAGUCUGAGGUUACCGAGGAUGUGGCUUCAUCAGAAGAGCCUGUUAAACAUACCAGGAGAACAGCAAAAGCACCUGAAUCAAAGAAAGAAGAAAAUACCAUGACACAAGGAGAUUCUGAAUUUGUUGCUGUUGAGAAUACAACAGUUGUUGCACUGGAGAAAGUGGAAAGAGGAAGCCGUGGCAAAAAACAGAAGGAUUCAACUAAGGACAUCUCUAAAAACCCAAUCAAAAAAUCUGCUACAGUUGAGGAAGCUAAUGAAAUUAAACCCUCAAAAACUGUUAACUGGACCCCAGAUUUGGUCAUCUGUAAAGAUAUUGAAACUUCUACAAAUGUAAAAGAACCACAGCUGAAUAAAUCCAAAAGAUUAGGCAAAUUACCAGCUGAGACAACCUCCACAGAAUCAAAUCAAUCAGCUGAUCUGCCACCCAGAGGCCGCAGAGGGAGGGGAGCGAAAAAAGAAGAACCUCCCGUUGAAGACUCUCAAGAAGCAGCUCAGGUACAUGUCAAGCCAUUGAGGAGAGGAAAGGCAGUGGCUCCCUCUGCGCCCAAAUCAGAGCCCACUGAUAGCAAGACAACAACUCCCCUCAAAAGGAAAAGGAAUGAGGUGAUUGAGGUAACGGAUGAGUCUGUAAAUAAGGAACCUUUGCCAAAGAGAAGAGGCAGAGUAGCCAACAGCGCUGAAGUUGCAGCAGAGGUCUCCAGCAAAGAGAAAACAUUUGAAGCUGAACCAGAAAAGGCUGAGCCUACUCCCAAGAAAACUGGUAAUAGAGCUGCAAGCGGACAGAAAAGGACAGCCCAGGAACCAGAUCCAGCACCUGCCAAGGCUCAAGAGUCUGUUUUAGGAACCACCACUCGAAAAGGAAGGAGUGUGAAAAAAGUAGAGGAAGUAGACAACCCUACAGAGGCAGCUCCUGUCAGACGCACCAGGAGGAAGUAAAGCACUGAUCUUACAGACUAGUCUUAAUUAUCUAUUCUCUGUAAUCUCUAAAAAAAGGUUUAGUUUUAUAUGUUUGUAAUAUUUCAUUAUGCCUUUUUCUAUCUUUGUUUUUUUUUUUUCCCAGUGUAAUUUUAGCUGCUUUUAUCUUAGGGAAAACUGUUUGUGUGAACUUAUCAGAUGUGUUUGUUCUCUUAAACUCAGAGGAAAGGGGCAUUGAGACAUGCAGACUUGUUUUUACUUGAAGAAAAUGUUUAAAGAAUUUCUACUUUUGAACUUUUAACUUCGCUCAAAAACAUUUAUCUUCUAUAUUCCCUUCCUUCAUGUUUUUAUUUUUUUAUUUUAUUAAAAGAAUGAAGUGAGGGGUGCAAAACGAGGCUUAAUCGGUCACAACUCUUAAGCCAAAGAGUGUGUAAUAUGCUGUAGUAGGUAGUGUACAUGUGACAUGCUUGAAAGUUUUCAUUAAAAAGAUUUGUCACCUCA